ACCCGCUGCUUGCAAAAUUCACACCGGUCAUUUCAAAUUCCAUUUUCGUCCCUAGGGUUUCAAAUUCAUUCUCGUCCCUAGGGUUUCAAAAUUCAACACUUCACCGUGGUUUUGUCAAUUAACAAUGGCGUAGCUUCUGGAAGCUUCGAUUUCACCUGUUCCCGAUAGGAGAGCUCAACUUCUGUAUUCAGUGUCAGAAAGUUGUCAACCUAUUAAUGGGUGCACCAAAGCAGAAGUGGACAUCAGAAGAAGAAGGUGCCCUUAAAGCUGGUGUAGCAAAGUACGGGGUUGGCAAAUGGAGCACCAUACUUAAAGAUCCAGAGUUUGCUGUUGUGUUGCGCUCUCGCUCAAAUGUGGACCUGAAGGAUAAAUGGAGGAAUCUACAUGUCAUGGCAAGUGGUUGGGGGUCGCGGCAACGAGGGAGGGUUGUAUCUAAAAGUGUUCAGCCUACAUCGAAGAACGAUGACAACACUUUGGUUAGCUCUGUGGGUGAGAAUGGUAUAGAAGUUCUUGAUACUAAACCUCUUGCAUCGUCUGGUGAUGUUCUGAAGGAUGUUGGCUCUAAAAAACCACUUUCAAGCGGUUGUAAAUUAGAUGAUCUUAUACUGGAGGCAAUAGUCAAAUUGAAGGAACCACGUGGAUCUAGUCGGAAUGCAAUUUCUUCUUACAUAGAGGAGCGGUUUAUGGAAACUCCAAACUUUGAAAGACUGUUGGCAUCAAAGUUGAAGUCAUUGACUGAAAAAGGAAGACUGAUAAAGGUAAAGCAUCAGUACAGGAUUGCACCAAGUAGAGUAUCAUCUGAUGCCAAGGGAGGCCCUUUAUCUUUGCUUAUGGGCAGAAAGCAUGAUUCCUCUAUGGUAGAAAAGAAUGAGAUUAGUAUACAGACUAAAGCACAGGUUGAUGCGGACUUAGAGCAAAUGAAGAGCAUGAGUGAAGAGGAGGCUGCUGCAGCCGCUGCACAAUUUGUUGCAGAGGCUGAAGUUGCCAUUGCUGAAGCGGAACGGGCAGCAAGGAUUGCAGAGGAGUAUGAAAAAGAGGCAGAGGCGGCACAGUGCUUUGCUGAAGUGGCAAUGAAGGCAUUGCAGCAUCAAACUAUCCCUGUCUGAUGACAUUAUCUGGAUCCAGCACUUGGGUUUUCAUCUUCGGUACAGUUGGCAGUUCAUUGUUGAUAUGUGGAUAGAGUUGUAAAUGUGGAGAUUUUUGUUCAUUGAUAGUGAUCUUAAACAUAGUGUUUGAGUUCAAAAUGAAGUUUACAGGCGAGAGGAUUUUAGUUCUAUUUCUUGGGUGUUUUUAGCAAUUUGUAUAUCCUUUGAAAAACAGUGACCUUUUUUUCCCUAUGCUAUAUUCUGUUUUUGGUUCGAAGUGGCUGUACAAAAUGUCUAAGCAGAAUUGCUGUUGAGAUGAACCUACGAGCCAAGAAAUGAUUGAUUUUGUUGUGA